CGCAGACACGCGCGCACUCGCUUCACCGAAUAUUCUGGUGCUCGCGCUGUCUUCCGGCAGGGCGCUCGGUAUGUAUCGGCGCUCUUCAUCCUUCAUUCCCGAGCUGUAGAGGAGACGGCAGCACUCGCCCGCGAAUCCCCGCCAUGCAGACCCUCACCCCGCACGUGUUCUGGGCUCAGCGGCACGGAGAUAUCUACCUGCGGGUGGAGAUCAGCGACGCCAAGAACCUGGACAUUAGUGUUCAAGAGAACGUCCUCCGCUUCAGAGGCCAGGGUCAUGGAGCCAAGGGAGAAAAUGAAUAUGAGUUCAGCUUGGAGUUCCUUAAACCAGUGAAACCUGAGGUAAAACACAAGUCCACCCAGAGGCAGGUGAACAUCGCCGUAAGAAAGCAGGGGCAUUGCUGGUGGGAUCGUCUCACUAAGCAGGAGAAGAAGCCUGUGUUUCUGGCCCCUGACUUCGACCGCUGGCUGGAUGAAUCUGAUGCUGAGAUGGAGCUGAAAGAAAAGGAAGAGAAAAUAAAUAAAGUGUCGGUGGAGUCGAGGAUUCGAAAGGACCCUUUUCUAGGCCUGAAGAAGGGAUAUCUCUUCAUGUACAACCUGGUCCAGUUUCUGGGGUUCUCUUGGAUCUUUGUGAACAUGACCGUGCGGCUUUUCAUACUUGGGCAGGAUUCCUUCUAUGACACAUUUCACACUAUUGCCGAUGUGAUGUACUUCUGCCAGAUGCUGGCAAUUAUUGAGGUUAUUAACCCUGCACUGGGCUUGGUUAAGUCUGGGGUGAUUCCUGCCUUUAUACAGGUGAUGGGGAGGAAUGUUAUCCUUUUUGUCAUCUUUGGUAGCUUAGAGGAGAUGCAGAACAAACCAGUUGUCUUUUUUGUCUUCUAUCUGUGGAGUGCCAUUGAGAUAUUCAGAUACCCCUUCUACAUGCUGGCCUGUAUUGAUACUGAAUGGAAGAUGCUAACCUGGCUCCGGUACACAAUUUGGAUGCCGCUGUACCCGCUGGGUGUUUUGGCAGAAGCUGUGUCUGUCAUCCAGUCCAUCCCCAUCUUUGAUGAGACUAAAUUCUUAAGCAUUCCCCUGCCGGCAGCCCUGGGCUCCAGCAUCAGCUUCUCUUACAUCUUGCGGUUUUACCUGCUGAUUAUGUUCCUGGGACUCUUCUUCAACUUCCGCUACCUCUUCAAGCAGAGGAGGAAACGAUUCCGCACCAAGAAGAGGAAACCCAACUAAGACACCCUCAGGAGAAAUAUAUACUUCAUAUUCAGCCCCCUGCCUUUACCACCAUGUCCUGCAGUGUCUAUCCUCACUUCCGUCCUCAUUCUACCUUCCUUCCUCCACUCUGUUAGAGAAGUUAUUCUACAAACAGACAUCCGACCCUCCUCUAACUCUAAGUGCAUUUACUGUAUUAUUUCUGUAUUGAAUAGCCAAUCUCUACUAUACCUUACGUUAAAGGAUCACGUAAAUUAAUUUGAUAUGACAAACUUGAAAGUAUUUAUAUAUUUAUGGAAGUGUCAUUCCUGAUUAAGCUGGGCAUUGAGGUAGAACAGCAGCAUGACUGACCAUACAAAAAUUACUUAGCAUUUCAACUUUACGAUCUUUCCCUGGGACAUGUUUAAAUUUGAUAAUUUCUACUGACCACACCAGACAACCUAGAAAGGAGACCAUGAACCUCAGGGACAGUUACGUUUUCAAAGUAUAGCAGUAUAAGUCCAGAGGAUUGGUGAUGUUCUGCUAUGUUCUACUGAAAACAGACAUGCGGUACGUGAUACGGACAACUGUUUCAAAUAAAGAUUUCAAAAGUAA